AAAAAAAGAAAAGAAAAAGACAAGUCACAAUAAAAUAAAUAAAAAAUAUGAUAGAAGAGACCAAAAAUAAACCGAAAAAUACAAAAACGCAAUUUCGGCGGUUGCCAACGGCGGAGGGCGGUGGCGGUGGCGGAAGAUGAUAAGUCCUCUUCAGCGUUGGAACAUUUCAACUUCUUUGCUCCCACCUAUACAUACACACACACACACACUAUAAUGUAUAAAUUUAAACUUGGAAUUAUCUACCUACAUUUGUCAAAAUUUCCAAUCAUUUGAAUCUCAAUCAUCAGUAUAUAAAUCUUUUAUAUAAACUGGAUUCUCGAUUAUCCAAUUCUGCCCCUCCCUUCGUCUUCAAACCAACCACCAUUUCCGUUUCUCUUCAUCUCCUCUGCCCAUCAAUCUAUAUAUAUAUUUAUACAUAACGCAUGUGUUAAUAUACAUGAACAACAAACAAUCAAGGGCAGAGACAGAAACGCACGCGCAUUGCCAAUCAAUCAAUCAAUCCCUCCUUUGCGAAAAUUAAUUAUUAAGGAAAUACCAAAUUAAAAAAAAAAAAAAGGAAAAUCCGAGUUGGAGUUGAUUCUUGAAUCGAGUCACAAUGCCUGAGUUCAACGUGGAGGAAUUAAACAGUGAGAGGUUCGCCAAGGAGCAGGAGGAGCAGCAGCAUUAUGUUCCUCGCAAGGAGAUUUUUAUGGAGAGGUCUCCUCGUAGCCCGCUGAGCACGCACAGCCCCCCAAUGAGCUCAGCGAGCCGUGACAGCGACUCUCUCGACCUAGCCAUUGAUGGGGUGGUGGACAACACCAUUGAGGACCUCUACAACAAUGUGUGUGAGAUGCAGAGCUCGGAUCACUCUCCAUCCAGGCGCAGCUACCUCUCGUAUGGUGAGGAGUCGCGCAUUGACUCUGAGCUGCAUUUUCUUGCUGGAGGCGAGCAUGGUGUGGUGGAGAUGAAGAAGGAGCUAGUGAGUGGGAGUAAUGGAGGAGGAGGGGGAGAGAGAGAGGGGAAGAAAGUAGUAGUCAUGGAUGACAGUUUUGGAGAGAGAUUUAGGAUCAAUCCUGCCGGUUUCAGCUGUGGAUCGCCUACCGCACAGUCGCAGGUUAGGCGCCUCUCGUGCUUGGAGCUCCCUUCGGAGGCCUCCAAGAAGGCGACUCUGAGGAGCAAGACUCAAAACGGGAGGCCCCCGAACGGGAAGCAGCCUCAUGCAAAGGGUGUUAAGAAAUUGGGGACGGCUUCUUCUUUGAAGAUUGAGAGGGGUAAAGUGCAGAGUGUGGCAGAGGAGAAUGGUGGCGAGGCAAAGUUUCUUGGUCCGUAUCUGCUGAAGCAGGCGAGGGACAUGAUAGCAACGGGGGUGAAUCCUCAGAAGGCUCUAGAUUCGGCUAUGAGGGCUAUGAAGUCCUUUGAGGCCUCUUCUUCAAGUGGGGAGAAGCCUGAUCUAGACUACGUGAUGUGUUUGCAUGUUGUCUCCGCAUUGUACUGCAGGCUCGGGAGGCACAAUGAGGCCAUCCCACUUCUUGAGAAGUCUAUUGAGAUUCCUGCGAUGGAUUUAGGCCAGAACCAUGCUCUUGCUAAGUUUGCAGGGUGUAUGCAGUUGGGGGAUACUUAUGCAAUGCUGGGGCAGAUCGAGAACUCGAUUCUGCUCUACACCGCGGGGUUGGAGAUCCAACGGCAGGUCUUGGGGGAGAACGAUCCGAGGUUUGGUGAGACGUGUAGGUAUCUGGCUGAGGCACAUGUGCAAGCAAUGCAGUUUGAUCAAGCGGAGAGGCUGUGCCGUAUGGCGCUGGACAUUCAUAAGGUGAAUGGAUCAAUAGCCUCGCCUGAGGAGGCGGCUGACAGGCGGCUCCUCGGCCUGAUUUGUGACUCCAAAGGCGACUACGAAGGUGCACUUGAGCAUUAUGUGAUUGCAAGCAUGGCAAUGGCUGCCAAUGGCCAGAAUGUGGAUGUUGCAACCAUUGAUUGCAGCAUUGGCGAUGCGUAUCUGUCUCUGCUACGUUAUGAUGAGGCCAUAUGCGCGUAUCAGAAGGCACUCAGCACGUUCAAGGGCAGCAAAGGCGACAACCAUCCGUCAGUGGCUUCGGUGUUUGUUCGUUUGGCUGAUUUGUACAACAAGAUUGGGAAAUUCAGUGAUUGCAAAUCCUACUGUGAGAGUGCUCUCAAGAUCUAUGCCAAGCCAGCGCCAGGGAGCCCACCUGAGGAGAUCGCGAGUGGUUUGGUGGAUAUAUCCGCGAUCUAUGAGUCCUUGAACGAGCCUCAGCAGGCGCUUCAGCUGCUGCAGAGGGCCAUAAGAGCUUAUGGGAACGCACCUGGCCAGCAGAGUGUUGUUGCAGGAAUCGAAGCUCAAAUGGGAGUGCUGUACUACAUCUUGGGAAGCUAUGUUGAGUCUUACAAUGCUUUAAAGAAUGCUACAACCAAGUUUCGCCUCACUGGAGAGAAGAAGUCCGCUCUCUUUGGUAUUGCUCUCAAUCAGAUGGGGCUUGCCGCCGUGCAGCUCUUCUCAAUCAACGAGGCUGCUGAUCUGUUUGAAGAUGCUCGGGACAUUCUCGAGUCUGAAUGUGGGCCGUUCCAUGCUGAUACACUAGGAGUUUACAGCAAUCUUGCAGGAACUUAUGAUGCCAUGGGCAGAACCACUGAUGCAAUUGAAAUCUUGGAGUACAUUGUUGAGCUGAGGGAGGAGAGGCUUGGGACAGCGAAUCCCGACGUGGAAGACGAGAAAGAGAGACUGGCUAUACUAUUGAAAGAAGCAGGAAGGGCCAGGACCAGAAAAUCAAGAUCAUUGGAGACCUUGCUUGUCAAGAACGACGCUGUUCACGGAAGCAUUAUCGAGGUUUCCUAAAAACAUGAUUAUCUUUUUGCUGAUAGCUUUUCUGGUUUCCUUUGUCGCCUAAUGUACAUGUUGAUACGAAAGGGUUUUAGUUGCUUUGUUUCCUUACGCCUUCUGGUUACAGGAUCGACGUGUGAAAUGAGAGUUUUGCCCGUUUUUUGGUUAAAAAAUGUCGAUAUCACCGUAGAUGUAGAGGGGCUUUUGAGAUGUUGCUGUCCAGUGUGUUCUGUACAUUUCCUUCCCCCACAUCUGCAGGGGUGGGGGGGAAGCUGGAUUUCUUUGUCACUUUCCAUUUUAUGUAACUUUGUGUUUUGAUGAAGUAAAGAUGGAAUUUCAUUUUCCUA